AUGAUUUGGUUGUACUUCCAUCCAAUUCAGCGUCUUCUCUUUUAUGAAUUCCCCUGUUCCAAGUCACAUUUCCUGGAGGCCGUUGUUCCCAAUCUUAAGGCAUCUCUCUCCUUAACUCUCAAGCAUUUCACUCCAUUAGCAGGAAACUUAGUACAUCCUACAAUAGGCUCAAGCAAGCCUGUAUUUCAAUACAAGCCUGGCGACUCCGUUUCUCUAACUAUUGCUGAGGCAAAUGAAGAUUUCGAUUUCAAUUACCUUACAGGAAAUCAACCACGGGAUGCUGAUGAUUUCUAUGAUUUUGUCCCCGAGUUGCCGCCGGAAAAGAUUGAAUUGGAUUCCAAAAUAAUUCCGCUUCUUGCUCUGCAAGUAACGCUGUUUCCCAACGCCGGCAUAUGUAUCGGAUUUACCAACCAUCAUUCAAUAGGCGACGCCAGUAGUAUUGUGGGAUUCAUCAAGGCGUGGAGUUCAGUAACAAAAUUUGUUGGAGACGAACAUUUUUUGGCUGGAAAUUCCUUGCCGUUUUAUGAUAGAUCUGUGAUUAAGGAUCCAUCAGGAUUGGCUACUAAAUUUUGGAAUGAAAUGUCCAUUUUCAAAAUUGAGUCGCUGCCUUCAAAUUUUCCGACGAAUAAGGUUCGAGCGACGUAUAUUCUGCUGGAAUCAGACAUCAAGAAGCUCAAGGAUUUGGUGAUCUUCAAAAGGCCUACACUGGUUCAUGCAUCUUCUUUCACAGUAACAACAGCUUAUGUUUGGACUUGUUUGGUAAAAGCCGCCGCCGCCGCCGCCGCGGGCGACGAUAUCGACGGCGAAGAAACUGAAUAUUUUGCGUUCGCUGUAGAUGCCCGGCGACGCUUAAAUCCACCGGCACCGCCAACUUACUUUGGAAAUUGCUUAGGAAUUGUCUAUACAGAAUCAACGCACGAACAAUUGAAAGGAAAUGAUGGGUUUCUCGUUGCAGCGGAACUGAUUGGAGAGCUUAUUAGCAAAGAGGUGAACAAUAAAGAGGAAAUCCUGAGAGAUGCUGAUAACUGGAUAUCGGUAUUUGGGGCACUGAUCGGAAAACGGGUUUCCGGUGUAGCCGGGUCGCCGAAGUUUGACCUAUACGAUACAGAUUACGGGUGGGGCAAUCCGAAAAAAUUCGAAUCUGUAUCCAUUGAUGGAGAUGGAUCCAUGUCACUUUGCAAGUCCAGAGAAUUUGAAGGGGGUUUAGAGAUUGGAUUGUCGUUAAGCAAGCCAAAAAUGGAUGCUUUUUCACCUAUCUUCUCCGGUGGCCUGCAUGCAGAUGAUAGUACGCCACAUUAA